AUGCCUAGCAUAGCCCGAAAGACUAUGCCUAGUGCUAAGGAGCAGCAGAAACGCCGUUGGCGCCCUGGCACAAAAGCUCUCCGGGAGGUCAGGAACUACCAGAAGACAUUUGACUUCCUGAUUCCGAAGCCCCCAUUCCAGCGACUCUAG